AGUCCUCAUCCUGGCCCUGGUAAGAAACUCAAGAAGAAACUUUUGAAACUUAAAGGUUAGAUGGGGCUUGACCUCUGCUGGGCAGCCCCCAGCUGUAGGAGUUCUCCUGCUGAGCAGAGAUGACUGCAGAUUUGAGAGAGGCCAUGGCCCUGGCCCCUUGGGCCCCAGCGACAGUGAAAAAGGAGGAGGAAGAGGAGGAGAACUUCCUAGGUCAGGCAUCCAGCCAGCAAAUGCAUUCUGAAGACGUCAAAGUCUGGGCCCCUGGAGAGGAUCCUCAGAGAGGCCUUGGUGUAACAGAACAGGAGGAAAAGGGUCAGAACAUGUUCUGGGACAUGGCGGUAGUCCUGAAAGCAACGCAGGAGGUGCCUGCUGCUUCAGCCCUUGGCAGCUACUCAUUACCGGGGUGUCUGGCCAAGAGCGAGAUACUGGAGACUCAUGGGAACGUGACCUCUCUAGGUGCUGAGACCAAGAACCCACAAUUAUUGGUUCCAAAAACUGAAAUAUGUGACGAAGCAGAAAAAGCCUACAUGAUGUCAGGAAAAAUCCAGACAGUUGACUCGCAAGGACCUGAGUUCGAAGAAGCCGAUGAAAAAGGGAACAUGUUAAAGAGGCAGAGAAUAAAGAGCGAAAAGAACGAUUUCAGGCAGAUGACAGUGAAGGACUGUCACAUACCUGAAAGCGUCAAAGAAGAGGAAGACCAGAAAUGCCCGAAAUUGGGAGAAAGAUACAACCGUAAUUCUGGCCCUGUUAAAAACCAGAAAAGCCAGCCUGGGCAGAAACCUUUCACUUGCGGUGUGUGUGGGAAAGGCUUCAGUCAGAGUGCAAACCUCGUAGUGCAUCAGCGGAUCCACACUGGGGAGAAGCCCUUCGAGUGUCAUGAGUGUGGGAAGGCCUUCAUUCAGAGUGCCAACCUCGUAGUGCAUCAGCGGAUCCACACUGGGCAGAAACCCUAUGUAUGUUCAAAAUGUGGGAAAGCCUUCACUCAGAGUUCAAACCUGACUGUCCAUCAAAGAAUCCACUCCUUAGAAAAAACCUUUAAGUGCAGUGAAUGUGAGAAAGCCUUCAGUUACAGCUCGCAGCUUGCUCGACACCAGAAAGUGCACAUUACAGAAAAAUGCUAUGAAUGUAAUGAGUGUGGGAAGACAUUUACUCGGAGCUCCAACCUCAUUGUGCACCAGAGGAUCCACACUGGGGAGAAGCCCUUUGCCUGUAAUGACUGCGGCAAAGCCUUCACGCAGAGCGCCAAUCUCACGGUGCAUCAGCGAAGCCAUACUGGUGAGAAGCCAUAUGAGUGUAAAGAGUGCGGGAAAGCCUUCAGCUGUUUUUCACACCUGAUUGUGCACCAGAGAAUCCACACUGCAGAGAAACCUUAUGACUGCAGCGAGUGUGGAAAAGCCUUCAGUCAGCUCUCUUGCCUUAUUGUGCACCAGAGGAUUCACAGUGGAGAUCUUCCAUACGUGUGUAACGAGUGUGGGAAGGCCUUCACCUGCAGCUCGUACCUGCUCAUUCAUCAGAGAAUCCAUAAUGGGGAGAAACCUUACACAUGCAAUGAGUGUGGCAAGGCCUUCAGGCAGAGGUCAAGCCUCACUGUGCACCAGAGAACCCACACUGGGGAGAAGCCCUAUGAAUGUGAGAAGUGUGGUUCAGCUUUCAUUUCCAACUCACACCUCAUGCGACACCACCGAACCCACCUCGUUGAGUAGCAAGUAAAGAGGAAGGCCUCCAGGCAUUGAUCAUAACUGCUGCCCCCCUAAAUUAGACACCUCUGCUGUGUUCUUCCUCCUUGGUAAAAAUGAGGUCUGCUAUGUCCUUAAAAAUGACAGUUUUUAGGAAUGCAGCACAAAACAAGCAUUUCAGAGGUUAAUUUAAAGAAAAUGAAACUAAGCCCCUGCAGGCAAGGACUUUGCUUUUAACUGCCCCCUAAGUGGCAGUGUCUGAAAUAGAUUGUGGCUUUCUUAGAAAUGGGUCAGACAAAGCUAAGGAAUCAAGAUCCCAUUUGGGGAAAGGUAUUUUUAAACUAAAUUUUGUUUUUGAAAACUGACAGUUUCCUGAGCAGCAGGCAGGUUACUGGUAUAAGUCUGCCUGGUGGAAUUCUGGCGCUUUGAACCUUGUAUACUAGUAUUUUGAGUUCAGCAGUGACUAGUUAAGGAAACCACUUGGUAGCGAUUCACCAAUGACUCACCUAUGAAUAUUUAUAAGAUGUCCAUUCCCUAGGUAAUUUAAACAUUUCUUUUUUUGUAAACUAUUAACUGUCUACCACUCCUAAAAUGGACAGAAGUAGGAAAAUGGCCGUUUCCCUCAUUGGCUAUACCUCAUGAACCUUGGUAUGGUAAACCCUGGUGAGUCUCUCCUGACUGUUCCCCAGUCUGCAUGGCCAAGCACUUGAGUUUUGAUGGAGACAGCACACGGGCCCCAAAUGCUGCUGGGCUGUGUUCAUUUGCUAAGAUUAGCAACUCUCCAAAUGGCCCGCAGUUGCCACUGCAUCCCACUUCAGUGAGCUGCUCUUGACGGCCCCUUCCCAGAUAGGGGAGUCAGAAUAAGCUGGCCUGGAGCACGCGCACUCCCUCCACUCGGCCCCGGCAGCGGCGCCAUUUAGUGUCAUUCUCACUGGAUGGUCUUUAGAAGAAAGAAACGGAGCCCUUCUAAUUCUGAGAGGACCAAAGAGGGAAAGGAAAGGAGAGGGAGGAGCAGAGUGGGAUUGCUGAGGUCUUAAUUGUUUUGGAGAAGUUCAAAGGUAUUAGAAUAUGAAAACUUUUAGAAGGAUGAAGAAACUGGCUAAGGUAAGAUACCUUUGUUACCACUGAGCCUUUACUCCUGGGAAAUUAUUUAUAAAACUAUGCAAUAGGUAGAGUUAUGUAAUAUUGCCUUGUAUUUAUAUAGAACUUUAUUCUUUGUGUACUUUUAUGUAUGGCAUCCUGAUACCCAGCACUUAUCUCAUGCUUUUACAUAGACCAUUACCUUAAUCCUUACAACACUGGAAGAGGUGUUUGCUCAUUUACCUUCGAGUGGUCUUUUAAAGCAAGGCCACGUAGCAAGUGACAGCCGAUACUCAAAUUCAAGACCGAAGUCCAGAUUCUCUUUGUUCUGCCAUGCUGCUUGUCCAGCCACCUGUCAUCCCCACCCAGAUCUGUGGAGAGCCUGAGAAAGGAGUGUGCAGUCUCAUUUUUAGGUAUGGGAAGUGACAGAUUUUGGGGUGUGCCUUAGGCAGUGUGACCAGCAAGCAGCAAAUCUAAGACCGGAAUUUAAGUCUCCUGAUUUCUGGGUCUGUCCACCACCACCCUCUCAACGUGCAAGAGCAUUCAUCGUAAA